AUGCAUAUCCAAUCAAUUCCUAUGUGUAGGGACGACUACUUCUAUUAUCUAUAUGAUCGGACGGGGAAGGGAAACAACUAUGCCUAUCUGGUCACAGAUGAGCUGACCAAGAACUCCGUGAUAAUUGAUCCUGCCAACCCACCAGAGGUUGCUCCGGAGUUGAAGGCUCAAAUCAGUGCUGGAAAGAUUGAAUUGACCGCUAUAGUUAAUACACACCAUCAUUGGGACCAUGCUGGAGGAAACGAAGAAAUGUUAAAGCAAUUUGGCAAGCUCCCUCUUAUUGGAGGUAAGGAUAGCCCAUUUGUUACCAAGACACCAGCCCAUGGUGAGGAGUUUAAGAUUGGAGAACGUAUUACCGUCAAGGCUUUACAUACACCCUGCCACACUCAGGACAGCAUCUGCUACUUCAUGCAAGACGGGGACGAACGUGUAGUUUUUACCGGCGAUACAUUGUUCAUUGGCGGAUGUGGCCGGUUCUUUGAGGGGAAUGCUGCAGAGAUGCACAAGGCUUUAAACGAGACGCUUGCCUCUUUGCCAGAUGAUACCAAGGUUUAUCCUGGUCAUGAGUAUACCAAGGGGAACGUCAAGUUCUGUCUUGCUGUCUCACAGUCAGAGCCGAUCAAGAAGCUAGAGGCCUUUGCGGAAUCAAACAAGGAGACACAGGGCAAGUUCACUAUUGGUGAUGAGAAGCUCCAUAACGUUUUCAUGCGCGUCAAUGACCCCGAGAUUCAGAAAGCUACUGGCAAGACUAACCCAGUAGAUGUGAUGGCUGCUCUGAGAGAGAUGAAGAACAAUUCUUAG